AAAAGUAGUAAUAAAUGAAGCAAAUUCAGCGAGAAUCUAUCUAUGAGUUUUGAGGACAUUACAGAGUUGGAAGCGCUUGUUGGGUUUCACAAAAAUGUCUCAACUCUUAUCUUCCACUUCCGUUUGUUUUCAACCUCCCUUGCUGGGAUUCAAGGGUACAUCGUGUUCUGUUGAGAAGCGCGGUUGCUGUUUAGGUCUUAAGCCAUUUCGUGCUUCUCAGAAGACAUGGCCCAAGAUCUCAUGUGCUAUGAAUAUGUCUGCACAUCAAUCAGAUGAUGAUAGAAAAAUACAACUUGCCCAAUUAAUAGACAAAGCACGUAAGCUUUGGGACAGUUCUCCUGAGCCAGUCAAGAAUUUCCCAUGGAACACAACACUGGGAAACUUCAUUCAACUUGUUCUUGAUCUUACUUUGGCUGUUGUCAAAUACCUAGCUGUACCUGUAUUCGCAGUUACCUGCAUCAGCGAGUUAUCCUACUGUGCGCAUCAAAGGAAGCUAUUUGUUGUUCCUAUUCCCGUUCUCUUAGGAGCUGCUGUUGCUGGCAUCCUUAAAGAUACUGCAUUAGAGUUAUCUCCACGGCUAAGGGAUGCACAAGUUCCAUGGCAUUUAAUUGCCAUUGCAAUUGUCUUCACAUUGAUCAAAUUACCAGGUCCAUAUUACCCUUAUUGGGGACGUAUACUUAUUCCUCACUUUGCAAAUGGGGUUUUGUUGAGGGCUCUAUGGUUUGCAAUAUUCUGGAAUAGAAGACCUAAAGUAUUGAAGAUGACAGAUUCCGAUAGUUAGUUAACCCACUGAGCUAUGAUACAAGGUUGCAUUUUCCAUUUCAGCAGAAACACCUUUUUACUAUUGAAGAUCUUUUUGGAAAAUCAAGAUUAAGAAUUUCACAGAAAUUAUAAUUCACUUUGUUGAGUAAAGAUGUAGACUGCUAUGCUUGAUUUUGGUCAUAGGAAUGGCUGGUUGUGUUGAAUGAUCCAGAUAAUCAGGUGGAGUGGAUAAGCAUUACAUAGAUGUCAAUGGUUACACAUCAUCCUUUUUGUAUAAGAAAAUGUUUUUGGUCUUAUCAUUUUUCUCAAACUUGUAGUGCAAAAUGGCAAAAUGUUUUUGUUGUUUGUUUGGUUUUUUUUUUUUUUAUUAUUAAUGUGACAAUUAACAUGUUCACAUUGAAGAAUGUACACAAUUUUGAGCUGAUAUGAACAAAUUAGUGAAGUUUGUUUAAAGUACUGUCAUUUUGAUAA